AUGCGUAACACUACUACUACUACUACUACUACUACUACUACUACUACUACUACUACUACUACUACUACUACUACUACUACUACUACUACUACUACUACUACUACUACUAAUAUCACUAUAAUUUUACUUCUAACUAGUCUUAAAUUUAUUUCGAAUAUUUUACCUUGUUUUACUGAUGUGAUGUGGCAACUUACAAUGAUAGACAAAUGUGUCUGGUCGAACCUUACUUAUAAAUGA